CACACUAGCAUUUGGGGCAGCAGAUGACCCGGCGCAGCAGCCAGGAGCACAACGGUCCUCUCUAACAAAUGAAAGGAUGGGGGGCAUCAGCAGCAGCUGAAUUCAGAAAAACUGGAUCAGGGACCGAGGGGAGAGAACUGUUUUCUGCUCACUCUUGGGCCACUUUUGUUGGAUUUAUUCGCCGGUCCACACCAACAUGCCAUUUGCCAAACGAAUCGUGGAACCCCAGUUGCUGUGCAGGUAUCAAAUCCCAAACGAGGAGGGUCUGCUUUUCGAGGAUCUGCUCUCCAUCAGUAAUGUGGCUCUAUCUCGGACCCUGCGGCAGCUGUCGGACCUGGCCAGACAUGCCUUCUCCAUAUUCCAGGAGCUGGAAAACGACCUCACAUCCACCAACCAGCGGGUCAGGGGGCUGCAGAGUAAGAUUAACCAACUUCAGCAGACCUGCUCCGAGCUGGACCCCAAGCAGGAGGCAGUGCCGGUGUCUAACCUGGAUGUGGAGAGUAAGCUGACAGCACAUUACCAAGCUCCCUGGCACCAGCAGAGGAACGUUUUCCAGCCCUCCACGAGGCCAGCAUGUGUAGAGGAGCUCCACAGGCAAGCCAGCCUCAGCCUGUGGGCCCUGCACCGAGAUCAUCAGAGACAUUCAGGCAGCAGAGAGCGGAGAGUAACCAUCUCAAUCUCGGCGGUGCCCCCGAUGCCCUUGUACCCCUCCCCACUCAGCAACCAGAGGCAAGAAAAGAGGGCCAUAAACCUGACAACGUUUGAAUCCACCCGCUCCUCCUCCCCUACCGAAUGUUGCCGCCUCUCUCCCUGGAGCAGAAAGGCUGCGCCCUCUGACCCCGACACUGACGGGGUGGCUCUAGGUCACCGGUCUAAGUUUCCAAUCCCUAACAUCCCCUCCACCCUGGACAAGCAGACUAACUGGUCUAAAGCCCUGCCGCUGCCCACCCCAGAAGAGAGAAUGAAAAGCAAUUCCCAAGUCAUCAACUCAUGUGUCAUCCCCAUUAAUGUGACUGGGGUUGGCUUUGACAGAGAUGCUAGUGUGCGCUGCUCGCUCGUUCACUCGCAGUCUGUGCUUCAGAGAAGGAGGAAGCUGAGGAGACGGAGGACUGUUGCCGGUGUUCCCAGACAGGUGCACCAAGAUUUAGACUCUGAUGACUCUCCUGGCUCCAGAGAGCGGACAGUGAUAGUCCAUGCCAGUCCUGAUAUCACUCCCUCCAGUGAGGAGCUGGCCAGCCAUCUCAGCACCAGAGAUUCAGGUUGCCAGACAGAAGACUUUUUGAUCUCAGGAGCGCCAUCUCGGAGGAGGAUCAGGGCACAGAGAGGCCAGGGAAUCACCCUCUCCCUUUCCCACUCUGCAGGCAACAUCUUGUGUCUUCCGGACAGCGCUGACGCUAUGUUCAACACUGCUAUGGGUGCACGCCUGCGCUCCCGAAGUCUGCCUCGAGACGGGAACCGGAUGAUAGACAAUGGGCAUAAUGACAGCGAUGAUGAGGAGGUGCUUUCCCCCUUCAACACCGGGGACUUCCUGCCUGGACCUGGGGAGUUGAUUCUGAAGGACGGAGAAGAGAGCACGGAUGACCAGGCCAUGUCCGAACACCAGCUGGGCCUGAAGUUCAAACAGCUAUCAGACAGUCCAGAGCGCAGCUGGAUGGAGAGGACCAGAUCCCAGCUGCCCAGGAAGGCCGACAUGGGCAGCUGUGAGAUCUCAUCCAGUUCAGAUACCUUCAGUAGUCCUGUUCACUCUGUCUCAGUGGCAGGGGUGCUGGGAAGCCAGGUGGACCAUAAGGACGAUCAUCAGUCCUCAAGUGGGAACUGGAGCGGGAGCAGCUCCACCUGCCCCUCACAGACCUCAGAAACAAUCCCACCAGCAGCCUCUCCACCGCUGACAGGCUCCUCACACUGUGACUCUGAGCUCUCCCUGAACACUGCCACUCACAACAAUGAUGACCAGACCAGCUUCAUGCUGGACCAUUACCAUGGCCUCAGGACUCAGCGGGCGGGCUCCUUCUCCUCCACAGCUAUGGACAUAUUAGAGGAAGUAGGGGUCAGCACCCCAAUAGAGGAGGAGUGGAAUUACCCCCACCCGGACCCUCCGAGCUCACAGGACUUCAGCCCCGAGCCGAGUAGAGAGGCUGAGAGCAGCCUGGGCUGCCCCAGCUUCACCAGCAUGGCCACCUGUGAGAGCAGCUACUCUGACAAACCUCUGUCGGAGAAAGCUGACACUGUCUCACACUACUCAGUAGACACUGAAGGCUACUACACCUCCAUGCACUUUGACUGCGGUCUCAAAGGUAGCAAAAGCUUCACUUAUAACUAUGCAGACCCCAGCUCUGAUUGUGGCUUGUCUGACUUAAGUGGUCACACGACUCUGGGGAGACGCUGCCUCUCUUUAAGAAAGCCAAAGGUGAAGCCGUCUCCGCCUAAGAGGAGUUCAUCCUUAAGAAAAAUAUGCAGUGAGGGAAACAUCCCUGAUAAGAAAGAACCAAAGAUUACAUGCGGGCAGAAACUUCCACUGUCUUCCAAGGAGAGGAAACUGCAGCUGGCUUUGUCUGGCUCUCCAGGUCAUUUAGAAAACUCCUCACUGUUCAGAGAGCCCCUUGUGGUCUGGGGGGUUGAGGGCUCGGCUGACCUACCUGACUUUGGUGUCUUUAGCUCCACAGAUGCUCAUUCCUUUAAGGAUGAGGGGGUUGUACAGUCAGACUAUGCAGAUCUGUGGCUCCUCAAUGAUUUAAAGUCUAACGAUCCUUACCGAUCUUUGUCAAACUCCAGUACAGCUACAGGUACAACUGUUAUUGAAUGCAUCAAGUCACAGGAAAGCUCUGAGUCCCAGACAUCCCAGUCUGGCUCCAGAGCCACCACCCCCUCACUUCCAUCGGUGGAGGGAGACUUCAAGCUAACGUCUCCUGAGAAGCUAGCAGCCUUGGCCAGCCCAUCCAGUGGCUACUCCAGUCAGUCAGAAACCCCCACCUCCUCAUUCCCAUCCGCCUUCUUUCCUGGACCGCUGUCACCGUCCAGUGGGAAGAGGAAGCCCAAAGUCCCAGAGAGGAAGUCCUCUCUUUCAUCGCUGUCACUGCAGUCGCUCUCCUGCAGGGAUGGACCAACCUCGAAGAGAGACCUGGAGCUGCCAAUAAUCCCUCCCUCACACCUCGACUUAAGUGCCCUUCAGAGUGUCAGCAACAAGGCCUCAGUUUACAGGACCCAGAUUCAAAUGCUUCACCAAAACAAACAGAAAGCUGCAGUGUCAGCUAAACCUGUAGUGUCCCCUAACUCAGAGGUGUUUAACGCCCAUCCAAUGGCCAUCACACCCUCAGUGCUGCACUCAGUGCAGCUCCGAUCCAUCAGUAAAGAUCAUGAAGGAGGCCAUGAGGACAAAACAGCUUCCAGACUCCAGUGUCCCACUGUCAGUUUAACUAGCACACUUUCCAGUAGUACAUCCUUAGAGCUUAAGAAUCCCCUGUUACACAACUCACAUCAACAUCACACAUCCUCAAAAGGGUCAUGUGAAUCAAUGUUUACCUCAAAUGAAGAGCUUGCGAAUGGAGAGGCAACAUGUCAGAGUGAGACGAGAAGCAGUCAGGACAGAGAGGCUCCUUUAGAAGGUAGGACAGCAUUGAGCCUGCAAUCAGAACCUUUGUUAGACAUCCAUGAGAGUGCUACUGGUCAUGAAGGAGAAACAUGUAGAGAGUCAGUAGAAACGCCUAUCAGUUCUGGAGACCGUAACUCCCAGUCAGAGCCUUUACAACAGCAAAGAGCUGAGCCGUCUGAAGAAGAAGAACUGUGCGAGAUAAGACCAAGUCCUCCUGUCUUUGUUCAGCACAGCUCACCCAAGAGAUCCAGCAGUCUUGAUAAAGUGCCUGUCACAGACGGCCAAUCAGAGACGCCGCAAGGGAAUUCAGUGGAAUAUGAUUCAACAACUGAAAGUGGUUCUCAGGACAUCAAGGAGGAGUCCACAGCCGAGACAGAGGAUGACUUCACUAAAGACUCUACACCCAGUGAUAAUGCAGUGUCCCCUCUGAGUGAUGAGCCAAGGCUGGAGGAUGACAGUGUGUUUCUGUCACCCACCAAAGCUCGCACCACAGAGGAUUUGUUUGCUAUGAUACACAGGUCCAAAAGGAAAGUGCUGGGCAGGAAGGAUUCCACUGAGCUGAGUGUGAGGAACCGUCUCAAUGCUGCAGCAGGGAACACUCCUCCUAACAGCACCGUGAGCUCCCCAGUCUCGCUGGUAUCACCACCCUCCUCCGCCAUCACCCCACCAGGCCUGCAGAGAGUCACCGGACCCAUCUACAGGAACGCAAAGAAGUCCAGCACCUCCAACGAGGAGUUUAAACUGCUGCUGCUUAAGAAGGGCAGCCGCUCGGACUCAAGUUACCGUAUGUCUGCUACUGAGAUCCUCAAGAGCCCUAUCACUCCCAAAUCUCCUGGAGAUUCCCUGAUGGAGUCACCCAGACAGCCUGAAGAGCCCUCCUCCCCCCUGCAACAACAGCAACAUCCGUCAGGACCAGAUCAGGUCUCCAGCCCCUACCCCAAGGCCAACACUGAGGGCUUCUCCCCAAAAUCCUUUCAUACACCUGCUGCUUCCCGGCAGGGCCGCUCCAGAAUCCCUCCGCCCGCCAACAGCAGCCGCUAUGGCAUGCGCAGCAGACUGUACUCUGCGCCUAUGCAGGCGAUCUCGGAGGGCGAGACAGAGAACUCAGACGGAAGUCCUCAUGAUGACCGCUCAUCACAGGGUUCCACAUAGAAAACAGAGUCGAACAGAGUCUAAAAUUAUUUUGUUAGUUUACGGUGAAAACAAAUGGACCAGAAUGAGUUAUAAUAUAUAUGAGAUGUGGUGAGUGUGGGAGUAUUGAUAAUGUAGGGACAACCAUUUUGUUAAUAAUCAUACUAAUUGUGGAUGAGUUUCAUAGCUGUUUCCUUUGGGUUAUUGCGUGGGUACUUUAUACAUACAGCAUGUUUAAAAAAAUAUCAUUAUUAUAUAAACACUUGGCAUUAGAAACAAGAACCAAAUCUGCAUUCUGUAGAAAAAUAUGAUGAGUAGAAAUGACAAGUGAAACAUUAUUCCAAUACAGAUCCACAGAAAAAAAAAGCUUUCAUGGUUCUAAAAAACUAUUUUUUGUUUAUGUACAACACCCAACUUGUUGCCUUCCUUCAGCCCUACUACAAUAUAUUAAUGUUAAAAUCAGAUUUUAUCUAAAAAAAAAAAAAGAAAAUCUCUGACAGGUUUGAUAUUUUUAUCAGCAGCUUGUAAAAAUAGAGAAAUAUAUUGGAUUAACUGUAUGUAUUCUGUGAAUACCUAUGCAAUUAGACACAUAACAUUGCAUUUCAUGAAGACAGUUAUUUUGAAACCCCCUGAACUGAACAUCGGUACAAACACUGUGUGAGAAACAGCAGUGGAAAACAUGUGAAGCCUCAACACAUUGAUUCAUAUGGAUGUUUUUUUACAUAUAUAUUUUACUCAGUCCUUUUAAAAGCAUAUAUUGUAGAUUGUGUCAAAGAUAGAUCACUACAACAUUUUAAAAUUCUCAUGCAAUAAGAAGAGUUACUCGAGGUGAAACAGGAAAUGUCAGAGCCCAGCACUGACUUGACAAUCUUAGGAGACAAGAAGGGAGCAGGUGUAAACAUGGGAGAUGAAAAAGUGAUCAAAAAGUCAGAGGUCGUGAAAUAGGAAAGCUGUAAAGGAAUAAGGAGGUCAGAUGUUUUGGGGUUUUUUUUCUAAAAAAAAAAAAAGUAAUAAUGGAGAUUUCUGGUUUGCUUGACGUGUUUAUGAAUUGUCGAAAGAGGCAAGUGGAAAGUGUUCAGGAGGAUCUAAUAUGCCUUAUUUUACUCAGUAAGUGACAAAGCAGCUUGGGCCUCAGCAAGUUGAUUGUUUUUGAGAGGUUUAUGGGGUUUCGAUGGAGGAUGGAGAGUUAAAUUUGGAGCCAGGUUGUGAUGAAAAAAACAAGUUCUGGAUUUAGAGAUGUGGCAUUUGCUGCUAUUUUGUACCAAAUGCUCCUCUUUUUUAUUCCCCAUCAAAAUCUACCCUUCCACAAAAUCUACCCUGCCACAGUUUCAUAUUUUCUGUGAUGCAGCCAUCUAAAUAUAAUUAUUUUUAUAACUAACUAACUGACUAACUAAGAUCUCUGGAUGCUCCCUGAUUUGGUUUACAUCUCUAGAUAACCUAAAAAUGAAAUCCUUGGUGGAAGUAUGCAAUGAAUUGCUGGUAUUAUUAAUAACGUAUUUUAGUCAGAUAACUAUUUUGUUUAUAAGAGACAAAUUUUAAAUCUUAUUUCAGACACUGGUUGCAGAGACAAAUAGGAAAGCAACUCAUUUAUGUCAUUAAAAGAUGGCAUGAACAGUCAUAAGCUACUAGUGAGGUUUUAGUUGUAACCCUGGUUCUCCGAGUCUCACAUAUUCACCAUAGGUAUAUGGUGUUUAUUGCAGUGAUGGUACUCAUCCAUUAUGCAAACAUGACACAGUCUGUGUAGCCAUAUUGCCCUAUGGAAGACUGUUCUUCCCUAUAGGUACACUGUAAAUAUCAACUUCAUUUUGGCCUUAAUGAUACUCCAUACUAAUGCAAUGUCAUAUAACAGGGUACACAAUGGGUUAUAUCUGUGAACCUUCAUUCCAACCUUUUUAUUUCUUAUUAUAUCUGUUUCAUUUUUGCACUGAUAAAGUGAUGUUUGUGAAGUUUCAUUGGUCUCUUGCUGUACCUGGUGAGAUGUUUAUAGACCUUUACAUGUUUCACUUUCCUUGGGUAAUAUUCUCACUCUGAGUACGCUUUAGGAGUGGAGUAGAUGCUUCUGCCAAAGGCUCAAAAGUGCACAUGUUAGCGUCAUCAAACUGUUUUUUCCUCUUGUUUACUUGACUGAACCAUUUUUGAAAACAUAGAGCCAACACUAAAGAAGAAUUACAGUGUAACUUAUGGUACUAGCUGCAUUUCAAUUCAGUUCAACCUCUGUAUACUGUAGGUAUCAGCUUUGUAUUUGUUUUGUACAAAUUUGUAAAUACAAUAAUAACUUGGAAUCGUCUCAAAGGUUGUUAAAUUGUUUCUUCUGUAAGAAAGAAAAGUGUUUUCAAAGUUUACAUUAAUUUCAAACCUUUGUAUAUUUUUGAGAUGUGGAACACAUUGUCUUGUAUUUAUUUUUUAGUAAGCAUUGUGGAAAUCCCAUAGUAAAUCCUAUUAAAGCCAAGUGCUACCACAACAGGCUGCUUCGCAAAUGUGUAUAAAAAGACAAAUAAAUGUGACUGCUUUGAGAACGUCUCUCUGAAUCAGUAGUGAUAUUAGCUGUUCAUAUUUUAUUUUAAAUAUGAAUAUGAACAGGUUUUACUCUGACACACACCAAGACAGUAUGGCAUGAACACAAUACACUAUAUCUCUGUGGUUGUGGUGGUAUAAAAGUGGCUUUACACUUUACUAAUAUUUGUCUUUAAAAAAAAUAUUCAACACUUUAUAAAAUGUAUUGCAUUGAUUAAACUAUCCAACAGCAUGUGAAAUAGUUCACAUUAGCUCCAUCUCAGCAAGUUGCAAAAAUGUAUUACUUUUAGCAAUAAUAAUACCUCUUACUUUAAUACUAAAAUACUUUUUGCAGAUAAUACUUACCUACUUAUGAACAUUUUCAACAGUGGACCUUGCUUGUGAUAAAGUAUUUUUAUGAUGUAGUUUUUCUACUUUUACUUCAGUAAAUCAUUUUCAUACUACCUCAACUUGUGUAUGGUUUGCAUAAAUUAAGUGCUGUGUUCAUGUGGCCGCAGUGUCAUCUUUGUCUUCAGGAGGUGGCGCCAUAUCCAGCAACAAAACAAGACUGAAAAUGAAUUCGACAUUGGUUUCACAGGAUGGAGAAAGAAAA